CAAACUCUCUAGUAUUCCUUCUAAUGGCGGAAUCAACAUCAGACUUGGAAGAACAAGGAAUGGUGGUGGACGGAGGGAAUAAAGAUCUUGAGAUGGAAAAAAUCCCAGCCAUGGCAUUCAGACCAUCCCAUGAAGCUAAACUCAGGGAAUUGUUGCAUAAGAUUUGCUUACAUGAGAUUAAGCUAUGCUCUGAUGCUGCAAAAGAGUUUGUUAAGUUACUAAAGGGAGAAACUGGCGGCGAUUUGUUGCGUUUAUAUUACCAGAACUCACCCAAAUUUGCUGAGCUUCUAGAGGCAUGGAAUCUUCGACAUGGAAAACAAGGACUGUCUUAUAUAUUCUUGCUUAUCCAGACGAUUUUGAGUCAUCCAGAGGGAAAAGAUCCAUCAACUGAUAUUAGAAGAGCUAUUGACGGGUUUAGCAGUUUACUUAUAAGAGAAAGAGUGGAUGACAUUUACAAAGAAUUGAACAGCAAAGAGGGAAAACAACAGACUGCUGCACUUUCACUGUUGGCUUCCAUAGUUAGACGUGGUCCAGGCAUGGCAUCACAAUUAGCUGAGGUAUUUGAUUUUAAGGGUUUCGCAAAACUGGGAGAGUAUAAAACGCGAGGGGCUGACAAGGUAAGGAAACACUCACCGAGGCGGGCUUUUGUUGGGUUUGCGAUAUCAUUCCUUGAAGUUGGGAACCCUGGAUUGUUAAUCUCUAUUUUACAGAAGAGGGAAAUGUACUCUCCAGUCCUACAAGGUCUUGGGGAAGACAAUGAAGACACUGUGGCUUCUGUCUUGUCUACGUUGAAUGACAAGAUCCUUGUUAAAGAAUCAUUGAUUCCUCCUUGGCUAAGGAGUGUUCUUUUUGGACCUCGUACACUAAAGCAGCUAGUCAACAUUUCAGCAAGAGAGGAUGGUGGGAUUGUGAAUGAGUUGGCCCAUGAUGUUCUUCUUAAAGUUUGUACAGACCCCUGUAAUGGGUUGAUGCCAGAUGCAAAGAGAAAUUUGAAAGGCAAUAUAGACAGACUACAACAACUCAUGAAGAUGUUGAGCGCAACAGAAAUUGGUUAUCACAGGGAUUUGCUUCUAGCCAUGGUUAGGGGUAGACCGUCUUUAUCGUCAGCUUUUUUAGAAGAAUUUCCAUACAAUGUGGACGAUUUUGCAUCACCAUCCUGGUUUUCUUCUAUUUCCUUGGCAGCAAAUUUGGUAUCGUCAGUAAGAAUUUCAUGUUCUUUUGACUUUCUCAAUCCAGAUCAACGUGCUACACCAUCUUCUAGUGGUUCAGAAGUUCAGACUAUCAUGAGAUGUAUAUGCCCCCGACCAUUUAGCCGGUCGUUGAUCAAUAGAGGAAUGCAGCAUCCUGAUUUUCUUGUGAAACAUGGGACCUUGAGAUUUCUCUGGGAGACGCGUAGGCUGCUGGAUUCGUUUGUUACUGCUUGGAACCUUUGUUCAUCUCAUAGCUGCUCUGAGCAAAUUCAGGCUUCAUUUGAGCGGGAUGUCAUGGGUGAGGUGAGAAGCUUUUUUCCAGAUUUCCAGUUGUUAUUGCCUUUACUGAAGUCUGUGGACGGUUCUAGUGGAGCUCAAAGGCUGUCUUCGAAAAGAAAAGCUGAUAGUGGAUUAGUAGAUAGAAAAAAACGCUUUAAAAGAUCUAAGAAGGAUGUUUUGGAUGAAGAGGCUGGUGAUAUCGUCAUUGGUGGGGUAGUUUCUGGUGAAGACAUCUUUUUGGCAGAGAAUCCUCUGGAUGCUAAUAUGACAGUUCAAGCAGAUGAAAAGGAAUAUCUUGGGAUUGUUUCAGAAAUUUGGGAUUCUGAGCUUUGUUCUAAGCCUAUUGGUUCUAUCGAAGAAGCAGAAAUGUGCUUUCGCAUUAAAUUUCUGGAUACUCUUAGGCUUUAUGUGCGUUCUGUGCCUAAUGUGCUUGAAGGAUCGUUUGAUGUCUUCCUGAAACUUCUGAGCAGUCCUUCAAGUUUGCCAGCUGAAUUGCAGAGAGGUGUCUUGUCUUUGCUAAGUGACUACAUCAGUUGGACGCCAAAGUCCCAAAGUGAGAGGGUUCCUACAAGAAUGCCUCCACAUAUGUUCAGGCAGUUGGAUAUAUUCGUGAAUUUGUUACUUUCCUCACCAGACAACGAGGUGAAGGAUCUAGCGUACAAUUUAGCAAUGGUAGCUAUGAGUAGCACCGGUGCAUUUGAAAAGAAUCCAAGUGAAAUUGGUGCAUGGUUCCAGUUUCUACCAUGUUAUGGAAAGACUAAACGACCUUUUAAGGUUAAGGAGGCUGUCGAGAGCAUGUCAUCAGCUGUCGUCUCCUUUUUAUGUGAUGCAGUUACAACUGUUGGAAAUAAUUUAUUCAAGUACUGGGAUAUUAUCAGAAGUAGCUUGUCCCAAUUAAAAGGUGUAUCAAUUGGUUUCAGCCCCUUAAUUGUUUGUCUACUGCAGAAGUGUGUUAGGGUGCUAAAUUCUGAAUCUAAAAGGUCUUUACCGGAGAAGUCAGCAAUAUCUGUGUACGUUUGCAGCACAUUAAAAUAUAUUUUGCAAACUCAGGUCGAUUCCAGAUCACUCUCAUAUUUGGUCCAGUCAUUAUUGUCUGAGGUUGUUGAUGGAUCUAAGGAUUCUUUAUGUGAAUGGAGGCCAUUGAGAAUGUUGUUGCUUUUCUCACAAUCUUUGUCAGACGAAAGACCUUUUAUCUUGCAUUCCAGAAGGACAAAGGAACUACUUGCUGACAACUCUUUUGCAGAUUCUCUUGAUGAGAUCAAAGGACUAGUGAGAAGCAUUUCUCCGGAUGAAAUUGCAGGAAUAGUUAAAGCGUUCUCUUAUGCAUUGAUAUGUGCACCACCUGAAUCGGUCUUGAAAAGUUUUGCUCGUGUGAUGGCUGUUUCUUCGGCUUUUUACGGAAUACCAUUCUCAUUUUUACAGUCCAUCACCUAUCUAGAGGAAAAUUUCCUCGGAAACCUUUCAAAGCUAUCGCCUGACUUAUUCGCACGAGGUUCUGAACUUACUGAUUCAAGAAAUCUACAAGAAGGAACGGAAGAGAGUGAGAUUGAUUUUUCUGACCCCUCAUUGAUAACCGAAGAAAUCAAACGUAAGAUGGAUCGUGAUAUUGAAUCUUCUGCCUUCUCUAUGUUUUCAGAGCAGGCUUCUUUUCAUGUAUUACUUGCCGCAAUUAUGAGCAUGGAUAUAUCUUCCUUACCAGAGUUUCCAAGAAUAUCAGAGCUACUGUUGCUAAAAGUUUCGCAGAGUAAAAGUGAUAGCUUUGAGUCAAAUAUCCAAUUGAUAUUGUACUGGCUCUUCCAAAUACGAUCAACUUGCAAGAUUCAACCAGCACCGGUACUCUGUCAACUCUCUGAGAUCUGCUUACGUCUCAUGAAGCACUUGUUCUCUCAAAUAUUAGAACCGGAGCUUGUUUCUGGACCCUCUUCCGAUAACCUGCUUGCGUCUUCUGCAAUGUGGAAAGAUCAAGUGGCACAGACAGUUCUCUGCCAUCCAGUUGUGAGGGCGUUGUUAGAUAGUCCCUUGGAUUGUAGCACAUUACCUCAAGUGCAGAAUGUUGAAAUUUUUUCAGAAACUUCGCUGACAACGGGCAGGCUAGUUAUUAGUGAAAUAGAUGAACACAUCCUUGAUCUAUUGGCUUCUACUUGUGAGCACUUUUUGUUUGAUGAGAAACACAUUGUGCAGAAAGGGGACCUCAGGGAAAACAAGUCAAUUAAGGCUUUUAAGGACUUGGUCGAAAGGCUUCUCUUGGAAUUCAGGGUCAAGUUGAAGCUUUGUGUUGGUUCUCAAAGUUACGCUCCUCUUCUCCAAACAACACAAAUAAUUCAUGCUUUGCUGAGAUUUAUAUCACCUUUUAAACUUUUAAAUCUUGCUCGUUCCAUGCUGAUUGAUGUGGAAGAAUUGACAAGCCCAAAUUUGAGUAUGAUCGUCAGUUUGGGAUUGGAUAUUGCUGGCAGAGCUUUUGAAAUGCUUAUAUUAUAUUCACAGCAGCCGGCUGCUAAGAGAAAGGUAUAUGAUUUGCUGUGGGAAUUAGAAGAAAACAAUUAUGACAGUAACCUCAUCGAGGAAGUCUAUGGCAUGGCAUGCAAGUUUUCUACCUCUUUUAGUUUGGAUUCGGCAGAUAUCUGUUUGCUUAAAGUUGGGAGUGGUGUUUUCAGGGGGAAACACAAUCAGAAUUAUACCGUUCACCCGUUGACCUUGAUUAUUUCACAGAUUGUUGGGAGAACCCCUGAAGACUUGAUUAGCCAUUGCAUUAUCCGGGCAAGCAUGACCAGAACCAAGAUAUUGUUCUAUCUUGUGGAGUCCAGUCCCUUGCAUCUGGCUGUCUUUGGACACUUUUUCUGUAGGAUGCUAAGUAAGAAACAGGAUGACUCUGCGCUUACAGAUGAUCAGUUUAUCAUGCUUCUGCCUGCUGUGCUAUCGUAUUGGACAUCAGUUUUUGCAAAACUCGAGAAGCCGUGUAGUAGAUGUUUAGAUAUAACUUCAGUUUAUUCAAAUAUACUAUGCAAUGGUUUUCUUCAGUGGCCGAAGUUUUUGUCUGGGUGCAUCUUUGAAGAAAAGUAUGAAGAGAUUCUUCUGUCGUCGUCGACUGAGGAUAUCGACACUAUGUUUGAUGCAAGUCUUCUUGGGAAGGCAGUUCGUAUGUUUCAGCAUCACUUUGCCUUGACUGAAAGUCCAACUAAAACAGACGAUCUAUUAAAGGUAUUCCAUUCCAUGUUUCCUCACAUUAGUGCUGGCAAAGAGAUGUUGGAUUACGAGUUAAAAGAAGUGGACGUUCAGUCAGUAGAGUACGUGUUUAAUGUUGCUAUCCGUGUCAUUGCAAAAGUAGAACUUUCAAGGAUCUGUUUGUUUCCUGAGGAUAAACGUAUGUGUCAUUUUGAACGUCAAACAGGUAGUUGUAUGAAGGAAAGUUCUCCAGAAAUGGGAUCCAACAGAGAAAGAUUAUUAAAGCCAUUACUAAAUGCUUUAGUUAAUAGUUGGCAAUGUGUUGUCAAGAGAUCUGAUGGUUCUUUUAAAGGGAAUUCCGAAGGGAAACAAAACAAAUGUCGGUUCCUGUGCAAAAGCCUUGAAAACUUCAUUCUGAGAAGUCUUCUACAGUUUUUGGAAGACAUGUACGAGGUGCUUGUUCACUUGGAUUCCCUUCCUUUCCUGGAGAAACUGAUGAAAUCAGUUCUUCUGUAUAGAUUUGAGGACUCGAAGACACUAAAGAUACUGAGGGAAGUUUUCUCCUUAUUGUCUAGAGGAAAGUACUCGUAUGCACCAUAUAUCCAACUCCUAAUAUCUCACUCGCAGUUUACACCAACUAUCAGUUCUCUAUCCAUUUUAUCCUCACACACUGGUGAGUUAUUUAGGCCUGCCUCCAGCAUUCUAAAGUAUCUUAUCAUCCCAAGUCCAAAUUCUGUCGGAGUUGGAAGUUGUUGUCUCGAAGCACCUGACUACGUGAAGCAGUUAGAAAUUGUCAAAAUUCUCAGAAUUCUGCUCUCCAAAUGUGGGACUGAUUCAGGAAUCAAUCUGAAAGAACUGCACUUUCUUCUUUUGUGUUCUUAUGGUGCAACUCUGAGCGAAAUCGACUUAGAACUCUACAAGUUGAUGCAUGAUAUUGAGUUGAUUGAUGACGAACAUAGGCUGAAUGUUUCAGAAACAGGUCAUUUGUGGGGUAAAGCUGCCUUGAAAAUCAGAGAGGGGCUGCGUUUCUCUCAGGAUGCAUCUGACGGUGGUGAAGCUGAUAAAGUGGAAAAUCUCCGGCACAGUCUUUUUAAAGAGAAUCUUUGUGUGGAUCCCAAAAGAUGUGCUCUAACUGUUUUGUAUUUUCCUAAUCAACGAACUCCAGAAGUAUCGGAUAACUCUUGCCUAUAUGAUCCAAUAAGCAAGAAAUGCUCAACCGUUAUUGAAGACAUUGAACUAUAUGAUCCGGCUUUCAUCCUACCAUUCUCAGUACACUCGUUGUCCAUGAGAUAUAUUGAACCUGUUGAAUUCGCCAGUUUAGGCUUGCUUGCAGUUGCGUUUGUGAGCAUGUCUUCAGCAGAUAUUGGGAUGAGAAAAUUGGGCUAUGAAACUCUUGAGAUAUUUUUGGACGCCCUUGAGUGUUGUAAAAUGAAUAAGCAUGUAAAGGACGGGAUUAGGCUUCUACUUUUGCAUGUGCAAAAUGGAGUUGAGGAACAAUGGCAAAGAAUCCCAACUGUUUCUGCUGUUUUUGCCUCUGAGACAUCUCUGAUAUUGUUGGAUUCUUCUCACGAACAUUAUGUUCCCAUAGUUAAAUUUUUGAAGAGCUCAUCUACAAUGAAGCUGAGGGGAAUACCAUUGUUCCUUGAUUUUUUCUGGAGCAGCGCUUUUAACUCUAGAUCACAGAGGCUUUGGGAACUUCGCCUACUGUGUGUGGGCUUGAAGUCAGAUGAUGAUGCUCACAUUUACAUUAGAAACUCCAUCCUUGAGGAACUGAUGAGUGUUUUCUCAUCUCCUCUUGCUGAUGAUGAAACUAAAGGACUAAUUCUUCAGGUUGUGAGGAAGUCGGUCAAAUUCCAUAAGAUGGUCCGACAUCUCGUUGAAAAAUGUGGUCUGUUUUCAUGGUUGUCAUCAUUAAUCUCAACGUUUACUACAAAGCCCAUUGGAGACGAAGAUUUGCGCUUGGUAGUUGUCUUGGAGGUCAUGACUGAUGUUCUCGCCUCCAGAAACGUUACAGAGUGGUUGCAACGAUUUGCCCUCGAAGAACUAAUGGAAAUCUCAUCGCGUUUAUACAGACUUUUAGGUGGUGGAUUGGUUUCAGUACAAGAAAAUGGUACUUUGGUUGAUUUAAUUUUGCAGAUACUAUCUGCUACUCUAAAGAUAUCACAGAAACGAAAAAUGUACCAGCCACAUUUCACCAUCACAGUCGAGGGGGUAUUCCAACUAUUUGAGGCUGUUGCUAAUUGUGGUUCUCUUCAAGUUGAAGCUAGUGCAGAGUCUGGGCUCAAUACUAUAUUAAUGAGCACCCCUCCUGUUGACAUUAUAUGCAUGGAUGUGGACAAGCUGAGAAGAUUUCUUUUGUGGGGAACCUCCAUAGCCUUGAAGAGUGACCUUAAAAAGGGAUCUAAGCCAAGUGAGUCUCAUCAAGAUGCCAAAACACUCACUGAAGAACCACAAGCGGAGACUAUGGUAGCAAAGUUUCUACGCUGGCUGUUGGCUUCGGUAAUUCUUGGGAAGCUUUAUUCUAAAGCUAAUGAUUCGGACCCGACAGUCUUAAGUAGAACAAAGCCAGAAACUUUGCUGACAUUGUUAGAAUACUUCAAGACAAGGAAUCUCGAAGGCAGCGAGACAAAGUCAGAGCACGUAAUAGGGGAAGUAAUCGUACACCUCCAACAACUUAUGUGUACAAACUAUGGGGUUCUUCCCUCUGUUGUAUGUGCACUUUCUCUCAUGCUUCUUCGUAAUGGCCUCGGGACUGCAGGUUCAGAGUCCAAAGGCGAUUACAAGCUCAUCAAAUCUCUGUGUUCUAGAAUAAGUAGUCCACCUGAGGCUACUCCAGCCUGGAGAUGGUCAUAUUAUCAGGCGUGGAAGGAUCUUUCACUGGAAUCGGCCACGGAUCUUGAAAAGAUUGAUGAACUCCAUGCGUGCCAACACCUUUUUGUGAUAAUCUCUGAUAUGCUUGGAGAAACGCCACGGGACUCUCAACAGGUGUUACUUCAAAAAAGUUUUGACAUGUCGACUGUAUUUGAAUGGGAAAGAGGUUUAGUUGAGACUUAGUCAUCGUAUUGUAUCAUCCAAAUCAAAUCAGUUUUGUUUUAUCAAUGACAUAAGAUGCUUUUUAUUAUACAUGUGAAACAAUGUUAAGUUUUGUUGUAUCAAUGACAAAUGUAAUCGAGUGAGUUUCCAUAAAAAAUGAGAGUAUAGCAAUCAGAAGAUCCCAGCUUGUCCACUUUCAGUAGUUUGCUCUGAAUCUGAGUCCAUGGAAGAUGUAUGU